AUGAGAGGAGGUCGGGUAUGCCUAAGGUCUUCAGUGGCAAUCAGCAGUUCCGGUACUUGGACAAGAAGGUUGCGGGAGGACAUGUUUCGGUGGUUAGGGCUGUUGGGUGCUAUCUCUUUGUUUGGGUUUUCUGUGACGGGGUUCGCGGAUUUGAGGGGUGUUAUCAUGGAUUCUUCUAGUGAGAGUAAAAUUUGCCUCGAAGCCUGUGUUGCAAAGGUGACAGAGACUAGCUUACAGGGGUCACCCUGGUCUCCUUGA